AUGAAGGCCAAGCUUUGCAACGUCAUAGAGGCAAUCACUGCAGAUGGUGCGGCAGAUGAGCAGUUGGCUUUGGCAACCAUGGCUGGUAAUACGGAUGGCCAAGAUGCAAUUUUCCCCAACAUUCGCCUACAGUGCCGGGACUUGUGCCAUGCGGUCAGAAGGGUGGGCCAGCGGCCAUCUUUCGCCGAUCCUUUCCUUAAGGAAACGUUGGCUUUGUUCUUGGAUGGCCCAGCGAAGAUGAUUCAGCAUUCAGUUCUUUUCAAGGACUGA